UUAAAAAGAAAAUAAAAGAAAGGCAAACAGAGUGUGUAGUGUAGUGUAUAUAUGAGUGUGCGGUAAGCGGUCAUAGAAAAAUAUUAGUUACAAAAUUUAAGAUAAAAAGUCGUCUAAUGGUCUAUAUAUCUCCAGCUAAGUCUGCGAUAACGAUGUUUUAGUGCUACAAGUUUUUUUAAUUUUUUUUUUUUUUAAAUUUUUCUGUUUAAAACAAAACACAAAAAAGACAAUCGAUGAUAAUUGACGAUAGAAUGUCAACAGACGUUGAAAUAAAGAGUAACGACGGUUGUACGCCUAGAAAUGCAUUAUUCUGUUGCCAUUCGCCAGUAUGCUUAAACGGACCUAAAAUCCUACCAGUCGAUUAUCAAACAACCAUCCGGCAACCGGAUGUUAUUCCAGUGAGUGUACCCGAUCUAUCCAAAUUGGGUAUGAUGAAUUCAAACCAAAGAGAUGUUAAUAAAUCUGAAAUUCAGUCAGAAGCUGUAGCUACAGGUGGAAAGCAGCUGCCGUCGUCGUCGACACAGGACGUUCGGCUCGGUGUUGUACUGCGUCGGGUUACGCCGCCGCGUAAAACGGUGAUGGUGAAAAAAUCGGAUCCAUUGAUGGGCGUGGUUUUACGAAAGGUAGAAAAACAUACGCUUGCAAUUCCUAAACCGCGACCUGCUGAACGUAGUCCUCCUCCUAAAAAAGCUUCUGCUAAAAUUCAACCGGCUGUUGAAAAGGCCAAUCCAAAACAACCAGCUGCAUCGUCAGUUGUUGUGCCACCGGUGGUUGUAACUCCAGCCCAAAUACCUACACAACCUGUUAAUUUGCUUAAAAAUCGACCUCCUCUUGAAAUUCAUCGCAUUGAAGGCGAUAAAAUAAUCAUUAUUCGCCGCAUACCAAAAGCAAAUCCUCCUGCAGGUCAAGAUAAAACACAUUCGGGUCAAGGGAAACACAACGAUAUUAGUAAAACCCAUUCCGGUCACAAAAGCCAUAAACACCAUUCCGGUCAUGGUAAAUUAAAGUCUAGUGCUUCCGGAGUGCUGGCCAAUGGUUCAUCGAAAAAUGGAUCAUCAAAUCAGAGAAAUUUUUUCCAGAAACGUAUUUCCACUUAUGAUUUUCCAAUGUUUUGUGAAAACGAAAUGAAUUUGUAUCCAACCACACACACCAUAUCACCGGCCAUGCCAACAGCGACAACAACAGCACCACCAUCAUCAUCAUCAAUGAAAUCAAUUCCAUCGAAAUACAUAAAUACAACAAAAAAUGACAACAACAAUCCAAUUACAAACUAUUCCACUUUCAUCACAACGUUUGAUAACAGUAACUGUCCGGUAAAUCGCAGUGAAAAUAAUGCUGAGCCAAAUGCACAAUACUCGUUCGGGCAAUUGCCUGCCGCAGCUAUUUCGCAGAAUCGAGUUAAUUGUGAUAAUUUAAGUGGUGCGACGAGUCGUAAUCCUCUCUGUUGUAAGCCCUCAUCGAGAGGUAAAGUGUUGAAUUACAAUGAUCACAAUAUUAACUUCAGCCAAUCCAAUUAUAAUACCCAUAACAAUAAUAAUAACAACAAUAAUAAUAUUAACAACAACAACAAUAAUAAUAACAACAACGGCAGCAUCAGCAACUACAGCAUCAACAGUUUCAACAACAAUCAAAGUAAUAGGAACAAUAUACCGUCAAGUAACAAUGAAAGCGACAAUAGCGCCAGAGGAAACGAUCGAUCAUACAAGAGCCACUUGAAGAAUUAUCAUGCAGAUAAUGACGAAGUAAUUGACUUAACGAUGAAAGUACCUGUAAGCGAAAUGUACAACGACGAUAUCGAUUAUAUGAACAAUUAUUUAAGAAGUCUUCCCGACUACAAUGAAUUGAACAAUAAAAUCAAUCAAGAAUAUCAGAAAUGCGAAGAGAUGUACGAUCGCUUGCAGAGUAUCAAUUCCGGAUUGAAAAACAAUCCAUUGGCUAAGUCGAACUCGUGUCAAAGCAUACCGAACAAGCGAUUUGCCCACAACAAUACAAAGCCCAACGAAUCGCUGCAAAAGAAAAUUUCACGCAGUACGUCCAGUACAACGAUUCCGCAACAUUAUCGGAACGAGAACUUUGAUCUGAACAAACAUUCGUAUAUACCGGUUAGUAAGCCGGAAAUAAAUUUAACGUCCUAUCAACCAAUACCGAAAGGACAUGGAAUCUUGCAGAAGAGCGCAUCGAAUUCGGCAGUAAAUCGUACGAACGCCAAACAAUAUUUGAAUAGUUAUUGGAGCGACAAUAUAGCUAAGACAAAUCAGCAGAAAAUGGGCUGGAAUUACAGCAAAAUUAUGGCCGGCUCGAAGGAAGAUUUACGGCCCAAGGCUGAUCCACCGGCUCCAAACUUUAAAUUGCAAAAGAAUUUGUCUUUAUCGCAAUUGGAUAAACGAUUGCGUCAAGACUUGUCGAAAGAAGAAUUGUACAAUUUGAUUUGUAAUGAAAAUCCACCGAAACGUGAACCAACGAAAGUUGAAGUCGAACCAGCGGCACGAUCACCGCCCAAUAAAUUUACCAGCUUUUUGAAGCCAUUGUCGAAAAGUAUUUCACAGAGCAGUGUUCAAACGGUACUUAGUAAGCCGUUAAUUAAGUCGUCAAGUAAAUCGAAUAUUCCUGGAUUUUUCCGGCCAUUGUGCAAGAGCUCGUCAAACACUCACGUUUUUACCCAGAAUCAGCCAAUGUCCACUACACCGACGGAGACAUUCAUACAGAAAGGUCUAGCUAAGAGUUCGUCCAGUUCGUGUGUACUUGGGAUUAAUAAACCGCAACCAGUGGUACAACCGUUUUUCUUGCGAAAAAAUGAAUCCUGUUCGACAUUAGCGUCUCCAAAUAUAUGGAGCGGUACAUCGAUUUCAAAGUCGAAUGACAUGAGCAGUGCACAGAAGCAAAUCUUUCGAAACAACGAACUGCUGAAAAACAUUCAGUCCAGCCACUCCAAUUUGUCAUUAAACAAACCGCAAACACCAACAAGGGCAGAAAAUUUCUUUGUUACUCAAGUAGUGCCACAACCGAAUAAGGUAGUCGUCAAUUAUCCGCCGUUUACGAAAAUCUCAUCUAUUCAAAUACCCAUAAAUGGCAAUUUACCUUCAGCUUUCGGUGAUACCAAUCAAUCGGCUGUGGCACCUGGAAUCGAUACGAGUAAACAAACUGCUGACGCUCAAAGAAAAAUGGGUGGAAUUAAAGCGAAAAAUUAUACGAAAACCGAUCAUGCAAUGAAAGCAAAACAAAGCCAACAACAGCAAGCCAAUUGUAAUACGGUAACCAAUUCAAACAAUCAGAAGGACAAGCAUGAAGCUGUUAUGCAGAUUGAUUUUAAUGACAAUAUCAACUACACUCAACAUUAUGCAAUGCAGCAGCAGCAGCAACAACAACAGCAACAACAACAACAACAAUCGAUGAAAAAUCCAACAAACUUAAUUUCAGACGGUAAAAAAUGCACACCCAACAACCAUUUGGAUCGUCUGAAUCAGCAGAAUUUCGAUAAGCAUGAACCGAAUCGGCCCACCACGGCAAAUACUGGUUUUGAUUUCGUUGAUGAUUUAAUGGCACUGCAACAGAAAGGUGUUUAUACAACAACGAAUAAUAAUAAUACUAAUAAUGGUACAAUUCAAAUCGACGCACCAGCAGCAACAACAACAACAACUGUACGUGCUGCACCAAAUGCACCAAACAGCCAACACGAUGAAAUGAAAAAAAACGAUUCUAUUGCCACCUCUGUACCAUAUACGAAUCAGUCCAAGAAUUCCGUGGGCAACAUAAGUCGAAGCAAUAAUUCAUCGGCGAACAACGCGGCUGCAUUGGCCACGAGCUCUAAUUCUAAUAAAAUUGCAGAAUCGUCAAGACGGAACAAUCGUUCGCAUGAAAAUUAUAAUGCAGCGAAAUUGGCUGGUAAUAGUUGCAAUGACAUGCAGCAUAACUAUCAGAAACAGCAGAGACAUCAUCACCAAAUGCAACAGCAACAACAGCUGAUGCAACAAACGAUUAAACAUUCAAUUUCGGGUACACAAUUGGACGAAAAUUCAAAGUUACUGGCAACAGGUGGCUCAUGGUUAGAAAGUGAUUUGAAUAGUUAUGGGCAACUCAUAUUAGAUUCACCAUUAUCAUGCACGAUAACCACAGAGAUGGCAUCCUCUUCGCAAAACGAUUCGCAAACAACAUCAUCCGCUUCGUCGUCGUCGUCAACAAUAAAUGCUCCGGCAUCGCGACGGCAUCGUUACACACGCAGCUCCACGGCAAGUGUCACCCAGUUGUUGUCGGAUAGCUGCAAUAGUCUGUUGCAACGAUUUCGACGAAUUCCAAGUGAAAAACCGGAUAAACGGUCAAAUACAACACGAUUUUCGGAGUUAAGUCCCUGCAAGGAAUCAGAGAGUCGUGAGUCUCAAUCGAACAAUGCAAUGGCGGAUAAAUCAAAACGAAGCGAUACCUCAUCCGGAUACGGUUCAUCAACUUCAUCAUCAUCGGCAUUCAGUCGGUUACGCUACAAUCUCAGCCCGGUUAGUUCCUACUAUAAACCGAUAAUGAGAACCUUCGGGAAACGUGACGACACACCACCAAAACGAAAAGACAUUGACCGUGACAAAACACCCGUUGCUGCAGUACCGAAAACAAGUUCAACCAUUUCCCGUUUAGAAUCGAAGUACUCGGACGCAUUGGGACGGGUGGCUAGACGACGUCAAGAGGAAGAUGAUCGAGAGAAAACGCUGGAACCGGAGCGACCAUAUGUUAAUCCUAUAUCUAGAAGUGCAACAACAGUGAUGUUGGGUGAUAAAGCGCUAGCCGCAUAUCAUCAGAAGGAACGUACUCCGUACAAACUGGGACGAAAUCGUAGUAGAUACGAUAUGGAGUCGACUUUCAAGCCACGAUCAGAGUUGAGUCUACUGCAAGACAAUGUUAGAUAUAAGCCGAAAAACGAAUAUGAUCCGAUUCGACGUAAGGACACACUUUAUGAUGCAUAUACGCGGAAUGGUCGCUACAACAGUAACUUGAACGGCAACAAUUUGAACCAUCGCUCAAGACCGGGUAUGGAUUACGGUUAUUACGAUGGCGGUGGUAAAGAGAAUACAUUCAAAUCGAAGUACGAUCCGGACACAAUGUAUUCGGAAAUCAAUAACAAUUACCUGGAUCACUUUAACGGCGGAUCAGCCGCAAUAAAAGAUCGUGAAAGAAAGCGUGCUAUACGAUCGUACAAACGAACGGAUACUUCGAAUGAUAGACGUCAUACGACUCACCUAAAAGACUUCGACGACGAUAUCGAUAUUCCAUCAACCAGUAGAUUUACAAACAGAAAGAGUUACCAACGAUCCCAAACCCAAAAAUUCUUCGACAGCGAAAAUCUGUUCGCUAGUAACAACAGCAACAACAGCAAUAACAACCAUCACAUCGACAAUGGUGCCAUAGCCGAAGCAGGUAGUGUUGUGCCUAACGAAGCGAUGACUGAAAGAGAAGCAAGACGUAAGGAGAUUCAAAGUCUUAUCAUGAAAUAUGCACAGCUAGACGAUGUGUACAAUAAGGCUAGUGAAGAUCAAGCCAACAAUAACGUGAAGAAGGUCGAUUCAAUUGGGCUAAUGCCAUCUACAUCAAGUUUGGCCGUGCCGCAGAAAAUGAGUGGCGGCUUUGUGCCGCUGAGUAAAACCCAAACCGUGGCUUCUAUGUCUUCGAUAAGAUCUCGCAUUCCAAAGGCUUUAUCGACAUUUGCACCGAAAGUACCGGCGAUUCAAGAUGAUGCUGAUGGCCACUUGAUUUAUCAUACGGGCGACAUUCUCCAUAAUAGAUAUAAAAUCAUGGCAACACUUGGCGAAGGAACGUUCGGCCGAGUGGUGAAGGUGAAAGAUAUGCAAAUGGACCACUACAUGGCUUUAAAGAUUAUUAAGAAUGUGGAGAAAUACCGAGAAGCAGCUAAGUUGGAAAUAAACGCGUUGGAAAAGAUUGCACAAAAAGACCCAAAUUGUGUUCAUUUAUGCGUGAAAAUGUUAGAUUGGUUCGACUACCAUGGACACAUGUGUAUCGCAUUUGAAAUGCUUGGACUCAGCGUUUUUGACUUUCUUAGAGAAAACAACUAUGAGCCGUACUCAUUGGACCACGUUCGUCAUAUGGCUUAUCAGUUAUGCUAUUCAGUGAAAUUUCUGCAUGAAAAUCGGCUUACACACACCGACUUAAAACCUGAAAAUAUUUUAUUCGUUGACAGUGACUAUUCAACUUCAUACAAUCACAAGAAGAGUCGUGAAGUGAGAAAAGUGAAAUGCACAGACGUUCGGUUGAUUGAUUUCGGUAGUGCAACAUUUGACCACGAACAUCACAGUACCAUCGUAUCGACCAGACAUUAUCGGGCACCGGAAGUGAUCCUAGAAUUAGGUUGGGCGCAACCUUGUGACGUAUGGUCAAUCGGUUGCAUCAUGUUCGAGUUAUACUUGGGUAUAACACUUUUUCAAACACAUGAUAAUCGCGAACAUUUGGCGAUGAUGGAACGGAUUCUUGGCGUUAUUCCAUACCGAAUGGCACGCCAACACACUCUUUACAGCAAAACAAAAACAAAAUACUUCUAUCAUGGCAAAUUGGACUGGGACGAAAAAUCGUCAUCUGGAUAUUACGUUCGGGAUCAUUGUAAGCCCCUAAAUCGAUACCUGCAGUCGGAGAGUGAGGAUCACUUAGAAUUAUUCGAUUUGAUCAAGAAGAUGUUGGAGUAUGAACCAUCGCAAAGAAUAACUUUGGGUGAAGCUCUUAAACAUCCAUUCUUCAACAAACUGCCCCCACAUCAACGACUUACCGAAAAGGGUGCACCAUCAACGUCGGCCAGCACAAGCCGUGAACGAUCUCAUAGUUUAUCCAGAUGAAAUUCAGUACGAUUUGGUUAUUAUUAAUUAUUUUUUAUUAUUGGAAAGAAAGAAAGAGAAAAAUGUUCUUAUGAAAAAUUUAGAUGCAAAUUUCCCCCGCGACCAUCAUCGAUCGAUAAAAGUUGCAUCUCGUGCGAAAAAGUUUCUUCAUCCUAUUUUUUUUUGCUACAAAGAAGAAAAUGUUUUCUCUCCUUUUUCCAUUGUCCUUCCGUUCCGAUAGUGUUUUUUUUUUUUUGGUCGGAUAUUUUUGUUCGUUUAACAUCGAAUUGUAAUGUCCCCCAUUUUGCUUCGGAAAGUCAAUAAUAUUUGAAAAGAAGGUUGUCGAAUUUAAUUUAGAUUUGACUUGUAAAACGAUUGAGAUGGCACAAUUUAUUUGGAUUUUUUUUUUGGUUAAAUAGAAAAAUGUUUUUGAGAUUUAGAAGAAGAGGAAGCGUAAAUGUUGAGUAAAAAUAUAUUUUUUUGAGAAGAAAUAAAGAUGUGCCAUUGAAAUCACGUUGAUAAUUAGAAAAUAACCAAAUCGUGUAGAAUCGUCCCCAAUUAUUUUUAUUUUAGAAUAAAAUAUAAUUUUCCUUUUGAAUUUUUUUUUUCUUCAGUUUCUUUUUUUUGUAUAAGUUUAAUUUGAUUAUAAAAUGGAAAAUGUAAUUUUGAAGAAAG